CAGCAUCCUCCCCGCGGCGGGGAGAGAAGCUCCCCCCUCGCCGAGCAGAGACUCCUGGUUUCCUCCUCGGGAGGCUGUCGCCACCUGCCUUGCCAAGCGUGAGGGGUCCGGGAGGCGGGGACCUGGGCACCGCGACCCGCCAUGGCUCAAGCGGCCAAACAGCUGAAGAAAAUCAAAGACAUCGAGGCGCAGGCCCUUCAGGAGCAGAAGGAGAGGGAGGAAAACAGGAAGCGGAGGAACCGCUCCCGCGACCGAAAGAAGAAGGGCGAUGCUGCUACCAGCUUUCUCAGGGCAGCAAGAUCAGGGAACUUGGAUAAAGCUUUGGAUUACCUGCAGAAUGGGGUAGACAUCAACACCUGUAACCAGAAUGGGCUGAACGGCUUGCACCUGGCCUCGAAAGAAGGCCACGUGAAGAUGGUGGUUGAACUUCUGCACAAAGAGAUCAUUCUAGAAACCACAACCAAGAAGGGGAACACGGCUCUGCACAUUGCUGCCCUCGCUGGUCAGGACGAGGUGGUCCGGGAGCUGGUCAAUUAUGGCGCCAACGUCAACGCCCAGUCCCAGAAAGGCUUCACACCCCUGUACAUGGCAGCACAAGAGAAUCACUUGGAAGUGGUUAAGUUCUUACUGGAGAAUGGAGCUAAUCAGAAUGUAGCCACAGAAGACGGCUUCACCCCUCUCGCCGUGGCUCUGCAGCAGGGCCACGAGAACGUGGUGGCACACCUCAUCAACUACGGGACGAAGGGGAAGGUGCGCCUCCCUGCCCUGCACAUCGCGGCCCGCAACGACGACACCCGGACGGCGGCGGUGCUUCUGCAGAAUGACCCCAACCCGGACGUGCUUUCCAAGACAGGAUUUACCCCCCUCCACAUCGCAGCUCACUAUGAGAACCUCAACGUGGCCCAGCUACUCCUCAACCGGGGAGCCAGUGUCAACUUCACACCACAGAACGGCAUCACGCCGCUGCACAUCGCCUCCCGCCGGGGGAACGUGAUCAUGGUGCGGCUCCUUCUGGACCGCGGGGCCCAGAUAGAAACAAGGACCAAGGAUGAAUUGACACCUCUCCACUGUGCAGCUCGGAAUGGGCACGUGCGAAUCUCAGAGAUCCUGCUGGACCACGGGGCACCCAUCCAAGCCAAAACCAAGAACGGCUUGUCCCCAAUUCACAUGGCGGCUCAGGGAGACCACCUUGACUGUGUUCGACUUCUAUUGCAAUACAACGCAGAAAUAGAUGACAUCACCCUGGAUCACCUGACCCCCCUCCACGUGGCAGCCCACUGCGGCCAUCACAGAGUGGCCAAGGUCCUUUUGGACAAAGGGGCCAAACCAAACUCCAGAGCCCUGAAUGGCUUCACCCCCUUACACAUCGCCUGCAAGAAGAACCACAUCCGGGUCAUGGAGCUGCUGCUGAAGAUGGGGGCCUCCAUCGACGCUGUCACCGAGUCCGGCCUGACCCCUCUCCACGUGGCCUCCUUCAUGGGGCACCUGCCCAUUGUGAAGAACCUCCUGCAGCGGGGGGCAUCGCCCAAUGUCUCCAACGUGAAAGUGGAGACCCCGCUACACAUGGCAGCCAGGGCAGGGCACAUGGAAGUCGCCAAAUACCUGCUCCAGAACAAAGCCAAAGUCAAUGCCAAGGCCAAGGAUGACCAGACCCCACUUCACUGUGCAGCUCGCAUCGGCCAUACAAACAUGGUGAAGCUCCUGCUAGAAAACAGUGCCAACCCCAACCUGACCACCACUGCCGGGCACACCCCCCUGCACAUUGCAGCUCGAGAGGGCCACGUGGAAACGGCUCUGGCCCUGCUGGAAAAGGAAGCGUCCCAGGCAUGCAUGACCAAGAAAGGAUUUACCCCUCUCCAUGUGGCGGCCAAGUACGGGAGGGCUCGGGUGGCAGAGGUGCUGCUGGAGCGGGACGCACACCCUAACGCCGCCGGAAAGUACGGCCUGACUCCCCUGCACAUGGCCGUCCACCACAACCACCUGGACAUCGUCAAGCUGCUGCUGCCGCGGGGCGGCUCCCCACACAGUCCUGCUUUGAAUGGCUACACCCCUUUGCACAUCGCUGCCAAGCAGAACCAGAUGGAGGUGGCCCGCAAUCUGCUGCAGUACGGGGCGUCCCCGAACGCAGAGUCGGUGCAGGGCGUGACACCCCUUCACCUGGCUGCCCAGGAUGGUCAUGCAGAGAUGGUGGCCCUGCUACUCUCCAGACAAGCCAACGGCAACCUGGGGAACAAGAGCGGACUCACCCCCCUCCACCUGGUGGCACAAGAAGGCCACGUUUCAGUGGCAGACAUGCUGAUCAAACACGGUGUCAUGGUGGACGCCCCCACCCGGAUGGGUUACACCCCCCUCCACGUGGCCAGUCAUUAUGGAAACAUCAAGAUGGUGAAGUUCCUGCUACAGCACCAGGCAGACGUCAAUGCCAAGACCAAGCUAGGAUACAGCCCCUUGCACCAGGCGGCCCAACAGGGACACACAGACAUCGUGACACUGCUUCUCAAAAAUGGUGCUUCCCCAAACGAGGUCAGCUCGAAUGGAACCACGCCUCUGGCAAUAGCCAAGCGCUUGGGCUACAUCUCUGUAACAGACGUGCUCAAGGUUGUCACAGAUGAACCCAGUGUCGUGUUAGUCAGUGACAAGCACCGGAUGAGUUUCCCUGAGACAGUAGAUGAGAUCCUGGAUGUUUCUGAAGAUGAAGGAACUGCUCAUAUAUCUAUAAUGGGAGAAGAACUCGUCGGCUCCAGGGCUGAGAGGCAGGACUCCAGGGAUGUAGAUGAAGAGAAAGAGCUGCUGGAUUUUGUGCCGAAGCUGGAUCAAGUGGUGGAAUCUCCAGCCAUCCCGAGGAUUCCCUGUGUCACACCUGAGACAGUGGUGAUCAGAUCUGAAGAGCCAGAGCAGGCAUCUAAAGAGUAUGAUGAAGACUCACUCAUCCCCAGCAGCCCAGCCACAGAGACCUCAGACAACAUCAGCCCGGUGGCCAGCCCCGUGCACACAGGGUUUCUGGUGAGCUUCAUGGUGGAUGCCCGGGGAGGCUCCAUGAGAGGGAGUCGGCACAAUGGCCUGCGGGUGGUGAUCCCGCCUCGGACGUGUGCGGCACCCACUCGCAUCACCUGCCGCCUGGUCAAGCCGCAGAAGCUGAGCACGCCGCCCCCGCUGGCCGAGGAGGAGGGCCUGGCCAGCAGAAUCAUCGCGCUGGGGCCCACCGGGGCUCAGUUCUUGAGCCCUGUGAUUGUGGAGAUCCCCCACUUCGCCUCCCAUGGCCGCGGGGAUCGCGAGCUCGUGGUGCUGCGGAGUGAAAACGGCUCCGUGUGGAAGGAACACAAGAGCCGCUACGGAGAAAGCUACCUGGACCAGAUCCUCAACGGAAUGGACGAAGAACUGGGGAGUCUGGAGGAGCUGGAGAAGAAGCGGGUGUGCCGCAUCAUCACCACGGACUUCCCCUUGUACUUCGUGAUCAUGUCCCGGCUCUGCCAGGACUACGACACCAUCGGCCCUGAAGGGGGCUCUCUGAAGAGCAAGCUGGUGCCCCUGGUGCAGGCGACCUUCCCAGAAAACGCCGUCACCAAGAGAGUGAAGCUGGCUCUGCAGGCCCAGCCUGUUCCAGAUGAGCUUGUCACCAAACUCCUGGGCAACCAGGCCACGUUCAGCCCCAUUGUCACCGUGGAGCCCAGGCGCCGGAAAUUUCACCGGCCCAUCGGGCUGCGGAUCCCACUCCCUCCUUCCUGGACGGACAACCCACGGGACAGCGGGGAGGGAGACACCACCAGCCUGCGCCUGCUCUGCAGCGUCAUUGGAGGAACAGACCAAGCCCAGUGGGAAGAUAUAACAGGAACAACCAAGCUUGUGUAUGCCAACGAGUGUGCCACCUUCACCACCAACGUCUCUGCCAGGUUUUGGCUGUCGGACUGUCCUCGGACGGCUGAGGCCGUGAACUUCGCCACCCUGCUGUACAAGGAGCUUACUGCGGUGCCCUACAUGGCCAAGUUUGUCAUUUUUGCCAAGAUGAAUGACCCCCGAGAAGGGCGGCUGCGCUGCUACUGUAUGACAGAUGAUAAGGUGGACAAGACCCUCGAGCAUCACGAGAACUUCGUUGAGGUGGCCCGGAGCAGGGACAUAGAGGUGCUGGAAGGGACGCCCCUGUUCGCAGAACUCUCCGGGAACCUGGUGCCCGUCAAAAAAGCUGCCCAGCAGCGGAGUUUCCAGUUCCAGUCAUUCCGGGAGAACCGUCUGGCCAUUCCUGUAAAGGUGAGGGACAGCAGCCGAGAACCAGGAGGGUCCUUGUCGUUCCUGCGCAAGGCGAUGAAGUACGAGGACACGCAGCACAUCCUCUGCCACUUGAACAUCACCAUGCCCCCCUGCACCAAGGGGGGCGGAGCCGAUGACAGGAGACGGACUCUGACACCGCUGGCCCUGAGAUACAGCGUUCUCAGCGAAUCCACACUGGGUUUUCUCAGUGGGACAGACCGAGCAGACAUGAAGAUGGCCAUUAUAUCCGAACACCUGGGUCUCAGCUGGGCAGAGCUGGCCCGGGAGCUGCAGUUCAGCGUGGAAGACAUCAACAGGAUCCGCGUAGAAAACCCCAACUCGCUGUUGGAGCAGAGCGCAGCCUUGUUGAACCUCUGGGUCAUCCGUGAAGGCACAAACGCCAAGAUGGAGAACCUGUACGCCGCCCUGCGGAACAUUGACCGGAGCGAGAUCGUGAACAUGUUGGAAGGCUCUGGCAGACAAAGCCGCAAUCUGAAACCGGACCGGCGGCACACGGAGCGGGACUACUCCUCCUCGCCCUCCCAGAUGAAUGGUUUUCUCAGUGGGACAGACCGAGCAGACAUGAAGAUGGCCAUUAUAUCCGAACACCUGGGUCUCAGCUGGGCAGAGCUGGCCCGGGAGCUGCAGUUCAGCGUGGAAGACAUCAACAGGAUCCGCGUAGAAAACCCCAACUCGCUGUUGGAGCAGAGCGCAGCCUUGUUGAACCUCUGGGUCAUCCGUGAAGGCACAAACGCCAAGAUGGAGAACCUGUACGCCGCCCUGCGGAACAUUGACCGGAGCGAGAUCGUGAACAUGUUGGAAGGCUCUGGCAGACAAAGCCGCAAUCUGAAACCGGACCGGCGGCACACGGAGCGGGACUACUCCUCCUCGCCCUCCCAGAUGAAUGGUUACUCCUCGCUGCAGGACGAGCUGCUGUCCCCUGCCUCCCUGCACUACGCGCUUCCCUCUCCGCUGCGUGCAGACCAGUACUGGAACGAGGUGGCCGUCAUAGACGCCAUCCCCUUGGCGGCCACGGAGCAUGACGCCAUGCUGGAGAUGUCUGACAUGCAGGUGUGGUCCGCGGGCCUCACACCCUCUCUGGUCACUGCUGAGGACUCCUCUCUGGAGUGCAGCAAGGCCGAGGACUCUGACGCCACCGGCCACGAGUGGAAGCUGGAGGGGGCGUUCUCCGAGGGAACCCAGGGCCCCACGCUGGGCUCUCUGGACCUUGUGGAGGAUGACACAGUGGAUUCAGAUGCCACAAAUGGCCUUAUCGAUUUGCUUGACCAGGAGGAAGGUCAGAGGUCAGAAGAGAAGCUGCCAGGUCAUAAGAGGCAGGAGGACUCGACAGGUGCAGGGCAGGACUCAGAGAAUGAAGUGUCUCUUGUUUCAGGCCAGCAGAGGGUGCAAGCCCGCAUCACAGAAUCCCCCACUGUGAGUCGGGUGAUGGAGACAAGCCAGGACAGACUGCAGGACUGGGAUGGGGAAGGCUCCAUUGUCUCGUACCUGCAAGAUGCUGCACAAGGUUCCUGGCAAGAGGAGGUCACGCGAGGCCCACACUCAUUCCAGAGAACCGUCACCACUGUCAAAGGGCUGGAGCCCAGUGGGUCUCGGGAGUAUGAGAAGGUCCUGGUGUCUGCGACUGAGCACUUGCAGCCAGAGCAGCCGGAGGCCGAGAGCCUGCAGGCUGACUGGGAACGAAGACAACAAGGCCACCGAGAGCGGGUGCAGGAGGCAGAGAGCACCUUCUCCCAGCUGGUAAAGGGGAGUGAGCUUCAGAAUAUUCCAGGGGAGCAGGUGACUGAGGAACAAUUCACAGAUGAGCAGGGCAACAUUGUCACCAAAAAGAUCAUCCGCAAAGUUGUUCGGCAGAUAGAGUCGUCUGGUGGCGAUGACACCCAGGAGCAUGAGGAGGUGAUUGUCGAGGGGCCCCAGGAAGAUCCUGGGGAGAUGGAAGUUGAUAUUGAUAACUUUAUGAGACACAUCAAGGUGGAGCGGAGAGGGAAUAGCCUGCAGCCGGACCUGAUAGAGGGCAGGAAGGGGGCUCAGAUAGUGAAGCGGGCAAGCCUGAAAAGGGGGAAGCAGUGAUCUUGAGCACCCCCCUCAAAUGGCCUCUCUGGAGGAUCACACCUCAACACCCAACCCUUGAACUCCACACACUCUGCCAUGCACACAGGAGGAGAGCUGGACCGGAGGGCAGCACAACGGCGCACAUGUUCCUCUAGGCUAACGGCAUGAUCUCCGUAAGGGACUUCCUCUAGUCUCCUAUUCGCAUGAAUGACCGACUGUAGACGCAUGACCUACAGUCCUCAAUCCUGCCUCUAGCGACAACCGAUCUCUGUUGGGAAUCAGGACAAAAGCAGCAAGAAUGGGGGGGUGCGGGGGGAGAGGGAUAGAAAGCAAGCGCAAGAGAGCGCAUGAAUGCAGAAGUGAACAAGGGCUCUUUGUGGCUGGGGAUGAUAUAUUUUUUUAAAACAUUUUCAUUUUGACUUGUUACAGGGUACUUAUUUUUUCAAUAUCUCUAAGAAAUCUAUAUGGGCUUCCUGGAAAGAAAAAAAAAAGAGAACUAGGCUUGAAAUCAGUUCAGCACCUUAAUCCUAUGUCCUCAUCUGCCAGUCUUCCCUACCCACACACACCCCCAUUCCAUUUGUGACAGCCCCUCCCUCUCCCCAGUGGACCGUUCCCCCCCCCCGCCCCAGAACUCUCUACAUGACAUUAAGGACACACACAGAGGCACCGCUCCCCUCUACUCAGUAUACACACAGAUUUUACUGUGAUGUCUGAAGCUGUAUAGAAUCUCCUGUGGAUAAACUGGAAUUUUUUUUAUGUUGCCUCUCUCUCUCUCUCUCUCUCUCUCUCUCUCUCUCUCUCUCUCUUUCUCUGCCAGUUUCAGUAUUAAUCAUCUUCCCAUGGAAAAUCAUUACCUUUGGAGUGCAUUCGGGGUUCCUUGUGUUAGGGACUUAAGAAGCUGAGGUGAGGACCCCAGGCGUAGCUGUAGGGCUCACAGGGAGCCAGUGCCCCGUCUCAAAGGGUCUUGGCUCUCAGUUGGUGGCUGUCCCGGGAUUGCACCAGCAUGUUCACUAGAGAAGAGGUUUUCUAUAUCUUCAAGCACCUAUAUCAUAGUCUGUGUUCAAAGUGUAAACUGUACAGUAAUCAGCCUUGUGUAUAUGAAAAAUAAUAAAUACUAUGCAAACCAAUAGAAACACUUUAGCAGUAUGUGCACAGCACCAACAGCUCAGCUCUGGGCUUCUCCGGGCUGCGAGGAGCCACAGCCUGUCUCCAUGAAAGAGGGAGUAGGGCUGGGGAAUGCAUCUGUGGGUUCUCAGAAGUUAGCCGCCCCCAAGGUCUCCCAGAGCGAACUCGGUGCUCUAAGUCCAGGCAGCCGGUGGGAUGGGGGGCCUAGGCUGACAGCCUCAGUCUCCCCACUCUGACCAAGCCCCUCCGCCCACCUGAGAGGAGGGUGAGGGGCCCACUCCUGACCACAUGCCCAGGGGAGGGCCAGCCGGAGGAGGAGAGAGCUGACCACCAGGAGGCCUGGGGCUAGGAAGGAGACCCCCCUAGGCCAGGCCUCCGGUCGGGGCAGGAAGGAAACAGACAGCUGGCUGUUCCUAGCCUCGGUGCCACCCGGGAAGAGCCUUAAAGUUACAUCAGAGCCUCCGGCAGAGGGAGGCCCAAAUCAGCACAACCGGCCCCGUCCUGCGCGGCGGGCGCCCUCCAGGGCCAGAGAGAGAUCGGCAGGCUCUGCUGGCUGUCCCAGAGCCACUGUUCGCGGGGCCAGUCACCCUCUUCCCUGCCACUCUUCUGACGCGUCCUCAGAACACAGUCACACUUU